UUGCCCAUCAUUCAUUUCAGCGGGUUGUUUGUUGUCGCCGUUGCCCCACUUUCUGUAGCAAAUAUUCUUCUCCGAUUCUACUAGGAAAGGAGAGUGAUAAUAAUGGAGCCAACAUCGAUUUGUUGCAGCAGAGGAGUCACGUUCAUUCAAUCCAUGGCUACUCAGAGACCUCUGCCUUCUGCUGCUAGAACUCUCUCCUCCAAGAAGAACUCAACAGUAUUCCCUCUGGGUGAGCCAGGACCAAGGAGUAGUCCAUUGGGAAGCGGUCCUCCAGUUAAGCUACUAACGAGAGUUGAGCAACUGAAGCUACUCACCAAAGCUGAGAAAGCAGGGCUCUUAUCUGCAGCAGAGAAAUUUGGUCUGUCUCUUUCAACCAUAGAGAAACUUGAUCUGCUUUCCAAGGCUGAACAACUUGGUGUCCUAUCAGCAGCUACUGACCGUACAACUCCUGGGAAACUCUUCACCCUCAGCCUAGGCUUACUGCUUCUAGGUCCUUCUUGUGUCUAUCUUCUGCCUGAGGAUUACCCUUGGGAGGUCGUAUUACAGCUUCUUGUGGCUCUUGCUUCUCUACUUGGUGGAUCUGCAGCUUUUGCUGCAGCACAAUUUGUCUCCAAAUUGCAGAAAUCAAAUUGAUUUUUUGUUAUCCAAA